UAGUCGCAAUACUACUAUUGUUUUUAUACAAAACAAAACACAAGAGAAAACUUAAAACGGUUGUUUGUGAAUUUCUUUAUUUAAUUCUCGUUAUUAUUCUCAUAACGGCUUCAACAAUGUGGGAUUCAAAAGACAAUGAUAAAGAUAAUAAAAAAGAAGUAUUGGUUCCAUCGCCAUAUUUAAAAUAUGGCCCUCAAGUUCAGCCUUCUCAGCCAGAGUAUAUAUUUCUAAACGGUGCUGGUUCCAAGCAACGGGGACGUUUUGAAACGUGUUUUAUUGAAAUUGGUACAUGGUACUCGAUGGGCGCUACAAUUGGUAUUAUACGUGGAGUACAUAAUGGUAUGAAAAUCGUAUUGCGCGAUAAACAAACUCGUACAUAUAACAGAACACAGUUGUUGAAUAGCGUUUUAAAACAUGGAUCUAAUAUGUCAGAUAAAUUUGGAACGUUAGCGGUAUACUAUAGUAUUUUUGGUAUAAUACUAGAAAAGAUUCGAGGCCAAAAAGACAGUAUCUAUAAUAAUAUUAUUGCUGGAACAAGCACAGGACUUUUAUAUAGAUCUACAAGUGGUCUUAGAAGUUGUGGCAUUGGUGGUCUGCUUGGCUUCAGCUUUACAACGAUUUACAGUUUGAUUUCAUCAAGGAUUAAAAUUAUUGAGGAUAUAAGUGAAACCAUCAUCCUUUCAAAAACUGAUAACUAAAAAUGAACAUCACAGGUUUCCAAUGGCUUACAAUCACACCGAUGUUGUUCAACUAUAAUAAAAUAUUAUACUAUAUCAAGUUAUACUAUAUUAUACAUCAUAUUUUAAUAUAUUAUGUAUUAUAUUAUUAAUUAUAAAUAUUAAUGAUUAUAC